CUGUGUAGUUGAUAUUUACGUCACAAGUGCAAAGCAAUGGAAAAUGAUUGUCUACAAUCUAUACAAAAACUUCGAUGCUUUCAAGUGUUUUAUGACAUUGGAUUUCUUCCCUAUAAAAUAAGCGGAGAACAGAAUAAACUGCUCAAACAGAGACCGGAAGUUACAUCAGUAGUCAGGCAUCAGAGAAGGCAUCCACUCGGAUUCAACGUAAAUCUCUAUAACCUACAAAAUGCUCAGAACAAACCAAUAAACGAAAGACUUUUAUCAAGCUCCCGUACAUCGAAGACCUCGGGAGAACCAUGUCCGACCGAGCAGUCAGAAGUCCAUUGGAAGGAAGAUGUAGGCAUUGUAAAGAAGCGAAAGUUUGACUGGAGGGCGUAUCUCGCCUCCUUGCAGUUCACAGAAGAUACUCAUCCGCCCCAUACAUUAUCACAUAAUCCUAAUUUAAUAAGGCGCCCAAGGAUUCAUGUCUCUCCACCAUUAAAAGAAACAGAACUGCUAUUUAACAACUUCACAAAGCAAUUGAUCCUUAGGCAAAUGAUUUUUCCUACGAUUAAAGAUCAGUAUAUUUUUUACAUGAAGAAUUUUCCUCUUUUGCUUGAAAGAAAAAGAGAUGAAGAUAUUGUAACUAAACCACGAAAAAGAACACCAUCUCCCAAACCCGUGGCAGGACCAGAAUUAAAGCGCGGAAUUGAGCUGAAAUGUCGUCUUAUUGAUCUUCAGCGUGAUGUCUAUGCCUUAGAGAGGGAAGAACCGGAUAUCCUUUUUGAAACAGAACUCCGGGACAGCGUGUUCGAUCCUACAACCUGGGAUUGGAAUAAAAUUGUGUGGCCCUUCUACAUCCCCAAGCCAUCCCGAGAGAGUAGGAGACGGAGAUUAAUAUCCCCCAUAUAAAGCAAACCAUCAUGUAUUCAAUUUAAUUCAUUAUUUCUUGAUUGGAGACUCCAACAAAUAAAAGGCACCUUAUAGUCA